AUGCGUUUUGCAGUCGGUGCCACCGUUCUCGCCGCCGCCUUUGUGCGCGCGGAAGAUGCGUCGAGCUCUGAAGCUGAGGCGUCUACCUCUACUACCGCUGUAGCAAAGUCUACAUUCACCCCUACCAACAUUAAGGCCCCGUUCUUCGAACAGUUCACCGACGACUGGGACUCGCGAUGGAAGGUUUCGCACGCAAAGAAGGAUGACAAGUCCACUGAGGAAGAAUGGGCCUACGUUGGCACCUGGUCCGUCGAGGAGCCGUCCGUGCUCAAGGGCAUUGAGGGCGACAAGGGAUUGGUGCUCAAGGACAAGGCGGCUCACCACGCCAUCUCCGCGAAGUUCCCCAAAGCAAUCGACAACAAGAAGAACACUCUCGUUGUCCAGUACGAGGUCAAGCUUCAGAAUGGCUUGGAGUGCGGUGGAGCCUACAUGAAGCUUCUCCAGGACAACAAGGCUCUUCACGCUGAAGAGUUCGCCAACAGCUCCCCCUACAUCAUUAUGUUUGGUCCCGACAAGUGCGGUGCUACCAACAAGGUUCACUUUAUUUUCCGCCACAAGAACCCUAAGACCGGCGAGUACGAGGAGAAGCACUUGAAGAACCCUCCCAUGGCUCGCAUCGUCAAGACCACCUCGCUCUACACCCUCAUCGUCAAGCCCGACAACAGCUUCGAAAUGAAGAUCGACGGCGAGUCUAUUCGCAACGGUACUCUUCUAGAGGACUUCAGCCCCUCCGUCAAUCCUGAGAAGGAGAUCGACGACCCAGAGGACAAGAAGCCCGAGGAUUGGGUUGAUGAGGCCCGUAUUGCCGACCCUGAGGCUACCAAGCCCGAGGAUUGGGAUGAGGAGGCGCCAUUCGAGAUCGUCGAUGAGGAGGCUACUAAGCCCGAGGACUGGCUUGAGGAUGAGCCCACCACCAUCCCUGACCCUGAGGCUGAGAAACCCGAGGACUGGGAUGAUGAGGAGGAUGGUGACUGGGUCGCCCCCACUGUUCCCAACCCCAAGUGUGACGAGGUCUCUGGCUGCGGCAAGUGGGAGCCUCCAAUGAAGAAGAACCCCGCCUACAAGGGCAAGUGGACCGCGCCGUACAUUGACAACCCGGCCUACAAGGGUGUCUGGGCUCCUCAGAAGAUCAAGAACCCCGCCUACUUCGAGGACAAGACACCCUCUAACUUCGAACCCAUUGGCGCCAUCGGUUUCGAGAUCUGGACCAUGCAGAACGACAUUCUCUUUGACAACAUCUACAUUGGCCACUCCAUCGAGGAUGCUGAGAAGCUUAAGGAAGAGACCUUCGACGUCAAGAUUAAGGCUGAGAAGGCUGAGGAGGAAGCCAACAAGCCCAAGGUUGAUGACAAACCCAAGUCGCCUUCCGACCUCGAGUUCAUGGAUGACCCAGUCCUCUACAUCAAGGAGAAGGUCAACCUGUUCAUCGAGAUCUUCCAGCGUGACCCCGUUGAGGCCGUCAAGUUCGUUCCUGAGGUUGCUGGUGGUCUUGGUGUUAUCGUUGUUACUGUCCUGGCCAUCAUUGUCUCGGCUCUCUUUGGCAGCGGUGCUGCUCCUUCUCAGGAGCAGGUCAAGGCCCAGGCUAAGAAGGCCAAGGACGCCGCUGUUGAUGCAAAGGACAAGGCUGCUGAAGCGGUCGCUUCUGGCGCUGAGAAGGCUCAGGCCGAGGUUAACAAGCGUACCACUCGCUCUUCCGCUUCGUAA